AUGGAGCCCGGGAGCAGGGACGAGCCGCAAUCCUCAGUUUCCCAGGUCAAUGUGUCCCUAGAGACCGAGGGGGCGUCCACGCCUCCCGAGAACAACUCCAGGAUCAACAGCUGGCGCAUCAAGAGGUCUUCCUUGAUGUCCUCGCUCGUCCUCCUUGAUAGUUGCCAGUACGGCUUCCCCACGAGGUCCCUCCGCGCGGGAUUCCAAGCGCUGCCGCCGAUCCCAGAGCCACAGUUGCUGCGUCUGCGCCCUGCCUCGCUGCGCACGCAGGACAUCUCACAUCUGCUUGCCCGCGUCUUCCGAAACUUGUACACCGCCCAGGUGAUCGGAGAGGACUUGAGUGACAGCUUGAUCAAGGCCCGCGGCAGUGAGGAUGCACGCCACGAGGAGUUCUUGGACCAGCUGCAGCAGGUUCGAGCAAUCUAUAAACAACGUCUGGAUGAAGUUAACAAGUUGGAGAAACAUAUCGUCCAGGCCCGUGCACGAGAUCUUGCAGAAACAGAGCAUGCCACCAAAGAGGCCAGACUAGAUGUCCUGGAGACCCCUAUCAAGCUGCCCCCAGUGAAGACAGUCUUCAGGUGGUGUAUAGACAAUGAGUUGCUGCAAAAACAUCGAUUAAUCUGUGUAGAGGAUUACUACAAUGAUCCUGUGCCAUUUUGCUCAGCACCCAAAGGCACACACGCCCCUGAGUCUUUAAAACUGACACUUAGUUGUGAGAGGCGUUUCAUGCUAAAGGCAAAGCCGGACAGGCUGGCUGAAGAGCCCUGCAAGAAGCCGGUCGAAUUUGAUGAGUCUGAGUAUACCACAGACAGCUGGACCUCAACUUAUAAGACCAGACAAAGGACCAAGGUCACUGUCAAGAAGGCGAGCACACCAAAGAAUAAGAAAUGGAUGAAACACUUACGGGUGCCACAGAGGGACCUGGAGAGGCUUCUGCUUGCCAGGAUGGAGAAUCGGAAUCAUUUCCUGAAAAACCCACGGUUUUUCCCACCUAACACACCAUAUGGAGGCAAGUCUCUAAUUGUCUCUUCAAGGAAACCAUCGAGAAGAGGAGAAUCCCUGAGUGCAGAGCCAGAAUGGAGCUGUGCAGAUACCCCUGUGUUUCUGGCUAAGCCAUCAGUUGGAUUUUUCACAGAUUAUGAGAUUGGACCAGUUUAUGAGAUGGUAAUCGCUCUCCAGAACACCACUGCGACCAGCCGAUACCUGCGGGUCCUCCCACCAUCCUCCCCAUACUUUGCUCUGGGGCUUGGGAUGUUCCCAGGAAAAGGCGGAAUGGUGGCUCCUGGGAUGACCUGCCAGUACGUUGUCCAGUUCAUUCCGGACUGUCUUGGGGACUUUGAUGAUUUCAUUUUGGUUGAGACCCAGUCUGCCCACACACUGGUGAUCCCCCUGCAGGCCAGGAGGCCGCCCCCAGUACUGACCUUGUCACCGGUCUUGGACUGUGGCCACUGCCUCAUUGGAGGAGUGAAGAUAACCAGAUUCGCCUGUAAAAACGUGGGCUUCAGCGUUGGCAAAUUCUGCAUCAUGCCCCAAAAGAGCUGGCCGCCACCCAGUUUCCGGGCUGUUGCGACCACUGGCUUUGUGGAGCAGCCUCCCUUUGGAGUCAUGCCGUCCGUGUUUGAGCUGGCUCCAGGGUUUGCCAUCCUGUUGGAGGUCUUGUUCCUCCCAACCGGCCUGGGAAAGGCAGAGGAGACCUUCAUCAUCGUGUGCGAUAACUGUCAGACAAAGGAGCUGGUUAUCGUAGGAACCGGGCAGCUGGUGGCUUUGGAUAUGAUCUAUGUUUCUGGUGGAAAAAGUGAGCCAGACCCAGGAGAGCUGAGAGAUUUAACAGCCCAGUACUUUAUCCGAUUUGAGCCCGAAAACCUCCAGUCUACCUCAAGGAAACAGCUCAUUAUCCGGAAUGCUACGCACGUGGAGCUGGCCUUCCACUGGCAGAUCAUGAAACCCAACCUGCAGCCUCUGAUGCCUGGAGAGACACACAGCUCAGACAGCAUCAAGUGCCACCCUGACAGGGAGACAGCCUUCUCCAUCAUCCCUGAGAAGGGCGUCCUUGAGGGCCACUCAGACCAUGAGUUCAUCUUGAGUUUUUCUCCUCACGAGCUCAAGUGUUUCCACAGUGUACUGCAAAUGGUUUUGGAAGCUGUCCCUGAGCCCUUGAGCUCAGGGGUGGAGAACCUGGGGGACUAUUCCUACUCAGUGGAUGAUGUGAUCGUCCUGGAAAUAGAGGUGAAAGGCUCAGCAGAACCCUUCCAAGUUCUUUUAGAGCCCUACGCCCUCAUCAUCCCUGGCGAGAGUUACAUUGGCAUCACUGUGAAGAAAGACUUUAAGAUGUGGAAUAACAGUAAGUCGCCCAUUAGAUACACGUGGAGCAAGAUCAGCCACUGUCACAUCAUCGAAGUGGAGCCCUGCACAGGCGUGAUAGAGCCUAAUGAGGUCGGAGAUUUUGAGUUAAACCUAACCGGUGGAGUCCCUGGCCCAACCAGCCAGGACCUGCAGUGUGAAAUCAGAGAUUCGCCCUGCCCGGUGGUGCUUCAUAUCGAAGCUGCCUUUAAGGGACCUGCCUUGGUCAUCGAUGUCCCAGCCCUUCAGUUUGGUCUGCUCCGCCUAGGCCAGAAGGCUUCAUGCUCCAUCCAGAUCCGGAAUAUCAGCCAGCUCUCUGCCGUGUGGCAUUUGAGGGAGAGCCCAUUAUGCCUGGCAGAGAGACACGAGGAUGUGUCCCCUUUGGACAUUGACCCCUUCAGCGGCCAGCUUCACCCUCUGGGGGAGUGCAAAGUGGCUAUCGCCUUAGAGACUUCACACUGUCAGCGGCUGCAGACGGUCCUGGAGCUGAAGGUGGAGAAUGGGGCCUGGAGCUACCUUCCUGUGUACGCGGAGGUGCAGCAGCCUCAUGUGUACCUGCAGAACAGCCAUGUGGAGUUCAGCAACCUCUACCUGGGAGUGCCCACAAAGUCAACCAUCGUGCUCGUCAAUGGCACACUCCUGCCCACCCGGUUCCACUGGGGCAAGCUCCUGGGGACUCAAGCAGCCUUGUGCACAGUGACAAUCUCUCCUAGACGUGGCCUACUGGGCCCCAGUGAAGAGCGCCAGCUCAACCUGGAAUUUACAGCUCACACACUGGAAAAGCUGACCGAUUUGGCGCUCCCUUGUGAUGUGUCAGGCAUGGAGAAGCCACUGGCCCUGGGCAUCUCUGGGAAGCCUCUGGGACUGCGAGUGACCAUCACCGUCUCUGUGGAGGACUCUGAUGGAAGCAGGACACAGUGGCCAGGCCACCCGGAGGAGCUCCGCUUGGACUUUGGCUCGAAAGUGCCACUGAGGACCCGUGUGACUCGGCAACUCAUCCUGACGAAUUGUUCCCCGAUACAGACCCCUUUUACCCUCAAGUUUGAGUACUUCGGGAGUUCCCAGGACAGUCUGAACAAAAGGACCAGCCUCCCUGACAUGCCCCCAACCCUGCUAAAGACAGCGCACAUCCAAGAGCACUUGGCCAAGAAACAACAGCUGGAUGUUUUGGAGAGCAUGCUAUCUCACAGGAAAGGAGCUGCUUUCAUGCCCCACAUUUCCCAGGGCAUGCUGGGAGCCUACCAGCAGCUGAGUAUUGACAUCACAGCCUGUGCCAAUAUGUGGGGCGAGUACUGGGAUGACCUCCUUUGCAUGGUGGGGGACCUGCCAACAACUGUCAUCCCAGUGUAUAUGGCCGUGGUGGGCUGCCCCAUCAGCUCCCUGAGGAAUACGUGCUACAGUGUGGCCCCAUUCCAGAAGGAGCCAAUCAUCAGGUUUGGGACCCAGAUCUCUGGAGGAGACACAAUCAUCAGAAACCUCCGUCUGUAUAACUUCAGUCCCUGUGACAUCCGUCUAGACUGGGAGACCUAUCUCCCAGAACAAAAGGAGGACAGACUGCUGGAGCUGCUUGUGUUUUAUGGGCCACCCUUCCCACUGCGGGACCAAGCUGGGAAUGAGCUCGUGUGUCGCUCUGAGGGCAGCUCACCACAGUCCCCAACUCCCUCCAAUACGUCUGCGUCUAGCCAUGCAGUCCCCUCAUCGGGUAACUGCAGUAGUGGUACCAGGACUGAAGAACAGAUCAUCUCAGUCAUCCUGCAGGAGCAUGAGGGAGCGCCCUCCAGCACGUACCGCAUCAGCCCCAGGCAGGUGGUCAUCCCAGCUGGAGGCAACAGCACCAUCUACAUCUCCUUCACUCCCAUGGUGCUCGGUCUUGACGUCCUACACAAGGUGGAGUGCACUGGCUAUGCCCUGGGCUUCAUGAGCUUGGACAAGGAGACAGACAGAGAGAUUCCAGGCCGAAUGUGUCGCCUUCAGGACUUUGCUGUGGGCCCCCUGAGACUAGAGAUGAAUGGCCACAUAAGACAUGCACAGCUGAAAGCCCAGCUGGACAGCAGUGGUUACUUGGAAUUCCGGUGCCAGGCCAGUGACCUCAUCCCGAAAAAUCCCUGCUGUGGGGUGCUGAGUGACUGGCCUACCACCCGCCAUCUGAAACUGAUCAACACCACGGAAAUCCUGCACUACUUCCGGGUCCUGGUCUCCAAGCCCUUCUUCAUUUCUCAAGGUGGGGCCAGGUGGGACAACAGAGCCUGUCGUCAGCAGUGUGAAGAGGAGAUGGCCUCCUCAGGCCAGCAGCUGAUACUCCGCCCACAGGAGAACAUUCUGGUGGAUGUGUCCUUCUCACUCUCCCUGGAACUGCUGUCCUACCAGAAGCUCCCAGCAGACCAGAUGCUGCCUGGAGUGGACAUUCAACAGAAUAAGAAGGGGGAGAAACAGAUGGUGUUCACAGGGAACCUGCUCCUGGGCUUCACCAACCAGACCGUUCAGGAGGUCCCCCUGCGGGCAGUUGUGGCCGUGCCCAUGCUCCAGCUCUCCACCAGCUGGGUAGACUUCGGGACCUGCUUCGUGAACCAGCAGCACACCCGGGAGGUCUACCUGAUGAACCUCAGUGACUGCCUGAGCUACUGGACAGCGCUGAUGGGACCGGAGGAACCAGCUAGGGAAGAUGAAGCCUUUGGGGUCUCCCCAGGCAGUGGGCUGCUGGAGGCCCGACCCACCAAUGCACCCCCAGUCUCCAUUCCCCUUCAGGUGUUCUUCAAUCCUAGGAGCAGCCUGCUGUACGAGUCUACGAUGAUAGUGGAAGGUGUGCUGAGUGAGAAGCCUUGCACCCUGAGGCUGCGGGGCCGGGGCUCUCACGAUGAGAGAUAUGUGAGGCCCCACGAGUUCUGAGGCUCUGCCACCCUGAACCCCUGCCCCAGCUUGGACAUCAGUCUGGCCCAGGGCUGCUAAGCAGGGACACAGGCUAUGGGGCUGGAGCAGCUCCUGGGAUGAGGGAUCUCCUUUCAGGCAAUGGUGUCAACCACGCCCUGCAUGACAGGUCUCCAGGGCUAACCAGCACAGGCCAACCACCUGGGUGACUGUAACACUUAAUCAUUACAAAAAUGGCCCACAGAUUCCAGCAAAGCAAGAGCUGGACCCUAAGUGAAAUGAUGGCCACUGGAAUCAGAUAACAUGUAUUUACUUUAUCCGACAUACCCAUCAUUCAUGAGGUCACUGUCCCACAGAAGCAGACCCUGUCCUGUGGUCAAGAGUAAUCAGCUGACUGUGGUCCAGCUGAGAAGACCAGACUGGAUGGCCCAAUGGCCACUUGUCCCCAUACUGUGAUCACAUCUUCUAAAUUAAAGUGCUGUGA